AUGAUUGUGGUACAGAUAAACCAGACCUUCAUUGCAAAGCAUGCCAAGUUUGCUAAAUUCAGUCCUUUGCGCACACAUAAUGCCCAACGGCCUGCAGAAGACCCAGUUUGCAAAGCUGAAAAUGAUUUCAUUAGUUGUUCCAGAAAGCGUGUAAGAUCAUCAUCUUUUACUUUCCAGAAGUCUGACUCUCAGUCUAACACAGUAAAGAAGAAUAACAUAUUCAUGUCCUCAGCUCUUCUUCAAAGAAACCGUGACUUGAUCAAAAGUACAAAAGAAGGGUCCUCAUCACAAAGUCAGCUGCGGAAUGUCAUUAGACCUGCCAUUUUACAAGCCCCAAAAGCUGUGACCUGUCCUGAAAAUCCUGUAGUAUCUCUAUUAACUAAGAAAGAAGCACAUGUUCAGCUAUCUGAAGACAGCUCUUCUUCCCCAGUUGAGAAUUCAAUAAGUUCCAAAACAGCAGUGAGGUCAUCUACUACCAUGAAUCUUGCUAGCCCGAAAACAACACAAAGUCAGUUGUUUGAAGAUAGAAGUGUACAAAACAGCAGCAAUUCUGAUUUUGUGUUUGGAGAAAACAUGGUUGAGAGAGUUUUGAGUCCUGAAAAGCAUCCCAAGCCGCGUAAUGAGGCUGAUUCAUACAAAGGAGAAAUAACAUCUAUGUACAUAGACUUUUUUCAUGUCAGUCCACAAACAAAAAUGGCUUUGUUGAGGAAUGCAACACUAAUUGACUCAGCAGCUGCUUGUAUUUCCAAGCCAGUGGAGAAAAUCCUGUUAGAUAAAGUUGACGUUGUAACUGGGGAAGAAGCAGAACACAAUGUAUUACAGAUCAACUGCAAGCUCUUUGUAUUUAAUAAGCUUUCUUUAACCUGGACUGAAAGAGGCAGAGGAUCCCUGAGGCUUAAUGACACUUCUAGCAAUAAACAUGGAAUGUUGCAGUCAAGGCUAAUUAUGCGAAAUCAAGGCAGCUUGAGACUGAUUCUCAACACCCGACUCUGGGAUCAAAUGGUUAUAAAAAGAGCAAACAGAAAGAGCCUGUGCUUCACUGCAACAGACCAAGAGAACCACUCUGUUCAAGUAUUUCUAAUUCAGGCAAGCUCAAAAGACACUGGAUACCUGUAUGCAGCAAUACAUCACCGCCUUGUGGCAUUGCGAAGCUUUGCUGAGCAAGAGCCAAAUGUUAAUCAAGUCAGCACAGAGUCAGAAAUGGCUUUUCAUCCAUUAAACUGUGAUAGCGAUGAUGAAGAUGAUGAAAAAAUAACUCAAGUGAGCAGCAGUGGAUCUGAUACCGCCUUUCAGGUUAAUAAGAAAGUAAGCCAGCCUCCCAGCGAAGCACCUCACCGAGACCCACCCCGGGAUUUCCCCAGCCUGCUUACUACCAAUUCCGGUCUCCGUCAGCUAAAGCGGAGGACACAACUGGCGUUAUUCUACAGGCAGUUAGCACAGAAGGAGGCUGAGCGGAAGGCCGCCAGGGGACACAGAAG